UUGUCUGGCAGUGGUAAACAGACGUCAGAAGGGAGUCUUCGCCUCGAGUCAAAACAAAACAAAACAAAACAAGACAGAUCUACGAGGAAUAGAUCGCCAUUAACAGCAAAAGGCGAAUGAUUUACUAUUAAAUUUAUUACGCGACCAGGUUAUUGAAGAAAAGUCGUUUUCUUCGAUUUUUACCGGAGGCAUUUUAACUCAUAAAAACUGGAGUUGGCUAACUCGGUGGCCGUCUAGUUACUCUCCAUAGUAAAACUACGCUUUCGAGUUUUGUCCCAGAGGCCGACGAGCUAGACGAGCUAUUCAAGAACCAGACCAGCUACAACUAUUAUAAACGAGGUGGAUAUCGGCUUGAUUGGGAUUUUGGGUGACUUCUACGGGACGGACAAAUUCGGCUCAGAUGUGCCCGCGCGAGCAUCGUGUGUAGCUACGUCUCGAGGAACAUGGCAGAUGGUGACACGCGCCAGCGCACAGCGUGGAGGACCGUGCAAACUUGAACGACAAUAACACAGAUUGUUUAUUCUUAUGGUAAAUCCAAAAAAGGACUCCGUUAUGAUUGAGCACUCCUAUAAGACAUUAAUUUGAUAUUUAUCCAAUUUAAAGCGUAAUGCAUUUUUAAGUCAAAGUAAAUUUUUCUCUCGGUUUCCUAAUUCAUUUACGUUUUGGUCUUAAACAUUAUCGCGCAAAGAGAAACUUCGACAGCACUUAGUUUGUUUCAAACCUUAUAUACAUUUGAUUUUAACUUAAUCUUUAUGAUUAAUCUCGAUUAACUAUAUAUAAUAAUAUUAUGACAAGAGGUCAGUUGACUUUGACAGGCAGCUUUCUCGUUCACUUGAAUUAGUUUACAAGGGCAGUAUUCUCACAAAAACACUUCGUUUACAAGUUUGGUUAUUGUACGACGCUUUUCCAUUAUUUUAAAGCAAUUUGUGGAAAUAAGCUCGUUGUGAGUGCUCUAGGUAUAUAAAAAAGUGUAAUUACGACAGUCAAUAAACUAUUCGCUGCUAGUGGGAUGUGGUUAUGUUCCUAUUGGUUUUACAGUUGUAAUUAUUUAACUAAAUAUGUUGUGUUUAUAACAUAGAAGCAAAUAUACUCGAAGUCUCAUAGAUCAGACUGUCACUCCAGCAAGUCCUCGCUUUUAUAUUCUAAUAGUUAGGUGCUUUUGACACUCCAGCUGUUUUUAUGUAUAGAUAUUGUAGGGGGCUUCCUUUGUUCUUUCCACAUAAACAAAGAGACCCCUUCUCUAUCCGCUUUUGCUCUAUGUAAAUCAGAAGGUUUAUGGUAGUUACUAUUAAGAAGAUUAUUUGGCCCCAUUAAUCUCCAAUCUGAGGAUUAACUGACGCUAUAUUGGUGUGUACAGAUUAUUACAAAUUUACUCCAUUACCCUCUGAAUAGUGGCUGUGCAUUGCGGCUUAAUCUGUUUUUUAAUUUGGAUAACUCUGCUUCCAUAAGACACUUGUAGUAUCAGUCAAUACCUAAACAAGAAGAAGAAAUAAUCGCCACAAAACAAGUUCGCCCUUAUCGGAAAUUGUCUGGAUUGCACCACACAAUGGACGAAGAAAGCAUACCCCCGAUUGACCCAGAUUUUGAGCCGCAGAGCAGACCGAGGUCAUGCACAUGGCCAUUGCCCAGACCCGACAUCUCAACUGUGAAAGCGGGAGGGACGGAUGGAUCAGAGUCUGCCGCUGGAACUCCACCCGCCGAGGAAGAUAAAAACGACCCUCAGCCAAUCACAUCUGAGGCUGAUAAAGUUUCGGUUUCAGAGGGAGGAGUUCUCGCAGGAGUGGGUGGGGCUACGCCUCGAAAAGGCUCUUCUCGCCGUAAUGCCUGGGGUAAUCAGUCUUAUGCUGAACUGAUCAGCCAGGCCAUUGAAAACUCGCCAGAAAAACGACUUACAUUGGCGCAGAUCUACGACUGGAUGGUAAAAACAGUGCCGUACUUCAAGGACAAAGGAGACAGUAACAGUUCCGCUGGGUGGAAGAACUCUAUUCGGCACAACCUGUCACUCCACAACAAAUUCCUGCGAGUGCACAAUGAGUCGACAGGCAAGAGCUCCUGGUGGAUGCUUAAUCCUGAAGGAGGUAAGACCGGCAAGGCUCCUCGCCGCCGUGCCGCCUCGAUGGACAACAGCAGUAAACUGCUUAAAAGUCGUAUGCGGGCAAAACAAACUAAAAAGCAGGCCGGAGCGGCUGGAAUCGGGAGCUCUGCGGGUGCCAUUCAAGGUGAGGGUGUUUCUGGUGCGGGUGGUGCAGACAGUCCCGGCCCUCCGAGCCAGUUUGGGAAAUGGGGAGUGAACAGCAGCAGCCCUUCCUCUCGCGGCAGCCUGGAUGAUGCUGACAUGUGGACAAGUUUUAGGCCACGUACAAGCUCCAAUGCCAGCACGCUUAGUGGCAGGCUUUCUCCCAUUGCCACUGGGCAGGAAGACGAAGACGAAUUACCCGAGGAUGGUCUUCUUGGGGGCUAUUCUACAGGUAAUCUUCCCCCAACACUGACCGAGACCCUCAUGGAAGAACUGGACUUGAUUGACGGGCUCACCUUAAUGACAGGUCCUCAAGGGGGUGUGAGCCCAAGCACAGCACCUGCGGCACCGCCUCAGCCACUGCCGUCUGCAUCCACGCUGUUGCCCCGAGGGUCCAGCUUUCCCUCAUUUCGACAGAUGCAGUCAACAAAGGCAUCGCAGAGCUUAAGUCCACCAGGGCAACAAAACUCGAAUGCCGGAUCGAGCACAAGCCCCUCGAAUUUCGGCAACUCCCUCUUCAGCCCUCUGCCUGGUCCUGGAUCCCACGGUGGUUUCAGUCCUCAUGUGCCCUCCAGCCUUGAGGUUCUCCUUACCUCUGAUUCACCACCUGCCAGUGAUGUCUUGAUGACCCAAAUGGAUCCUCUCAUGCCAAGUCAAGGGGGCAGCGGCAUUUUAGGCAUUGGAGGAUCUUUAUCAAGCAACCAAUCUAAUCCCGGUCAAAUGAUGUUAAACAAGAGCAUCGAGACAAACGCAGUGGGGCAAAUGAAUCUCCAGCCUCAACCCCAACUUCAGCACUCACAGAUGGGCUUUGGAAUGAUGCACACAGGCAUGAACCAGGAGCCUCCUCAGCUCGCAACCAUAAAGACCCAGCAUCAGGUGCAAGGGGCGGGGCUUCUGCAGCAUGGUGGAGGUCUGCCAGGUUUAGGCCAAUUUUCGACGCCAUCGUGUUUCAUACCUUCACAGGAUCGUCUGCCGACAGACUUGGAUAUUGAGAUGUUCACCGAAAACCUGGACUGUGAUGUGGAUUACAUUAUUAACAGUGAUCUUAUGGAUGGAGACAUGGUUGACUUCAACUUUGACCCUAUCAUACAGGGCGGUCAGGGUUAUAGUGGGCCUGCCACCACACAAGAGUUCUUCCCAAAAUUGGGUACCUAGCUAAUUCUGUUGUAAAACAGGACAGUUCAUCAUCCGUACCAAGACAUGGACAUGAAAGUGGCACAUUGCCAGAACAGUCUCAAAAUGCCUCCGCAUUUGCCAUUGUACCUCAAAUACAUACAUUUCUUUGGCUAAGGACAACACGCACCCGGCCAAAAAACUUUUUUGUCAGAUUUUUUUGAAUUCGUUGACGAAAGCAAACCUCAUAUGUUUUAAGUGCCAAUGUCAACUGAAGAGUGUGAUGCUAUACAUAUAUUUUUUCUUCUUGCAACACUUUUUUUGAAAGUUGCUUUUUUUGGACUUGUACAGGCCAAGUGUGAGAUAACACAAGCUUAAACUAAUAAACAACUAAUCAUGUUUAUUAAAGUAACACCUAUAAUGGGUGACACAAGUGUAACCCAUGAGUGGAGAUAUAGGUACAAUUCCUUGAUUUUCUCCAUCUUGAACUCAAUCAGCCAGGAGGAUCAAACUCUGCAGCUUUUUUUUUUUUUGACGUGAGCUCUUGCUUGUUGAUGGGCAGCUGAGAGGUUAAGCAGCCUUUUUGCAUUUAUGGUGUGACUUGACAAUGACACAGCUGACCCGCUGUUGCUUUGUGCCCGACUCUGUUGAGGAAAUCAAAGUGGCAUCACAGGAAUGUUAAGAUGAGAACUAUUUGAAUCCUCGUCAUAUAUCAAAACCUCUGAGUGGCACCGAGCCCUCAUGGAUCGGCAUGUCCAUGGUACGACGCAUACACCCAUUUCUUGUACAUGAAGGUGGACUAAACAUCACAGCAAGAUUUCAAGGUGGUUUGGUGACGCUGUGGUGUUCGACGUGCUAUUCGAUGUAUGCCGUUUAUGACCUCUGCUUUUGAGAAGGUGUAUUUUCUCUGUUUUGCUAAAAAGCGGAGGCUGGUCAUCGAAUGAUUUGUCUGCUUUUAAGUGUUUUGUUUGUGAUGAGAACAGUAUGACGAAAUGUGAUUUUACACAGGGCAUUUUGAUGCAUUUUUAAUCCUGCCAACAGAUUAAACGGCGUAGUGUUAUUGAAUGCCCUUUUGCAAAAUGCAAUAGUUCAAGAUUUUGUGUUUGUGUGUGUGAUGAAGGGUGUUUAUUUCCUUAAAAGCUCCCAAAACUUGAUUCCAACACACUGACAGACAGAGUUUAAGGUUAUGGCAUAUGGGGAAAAGCAAGUUGUUAUGGGUGAGCUUGAAAAAAAUCUAUAAUAUGUAUUUGAGUGCGUCCUAUAGGCAAGAGAUAAAAUAGUUUUUUUCUAGAUCCGUUUUUUGUUUUCAUAAACAGCACUACUCACGUUUCGUAAAAAAAAAACAUUAUCAGAAAGCAAAAAAUGUAUCAAUUGAAAUUCUAAUGUAAUUUAGAUUGGGGCACGAUACUAAGAUUCAUGUGCUUUUUUUAAAAAUCUGAGCAGAAUAUAUUACAGAUCAUUUUUAACGGUCAUUUUCUAUGUAAUCUUUUAUUUUUAUAAAAGAUGAGAUGCAUGUAGAUUUUAUACAUAACCAAAGGAACACUAGCAUGUCAGAGGAUGGAGACAUUGCACUACAGAUAAGCUUUACAAAACUGUUCAUAAAGUCAAACUAACUCGUGCAUGAGCGUAUUUUAAAAAUACCAUGCUCUAAAAACGUAUGCUAUAUAAUUGAUUGUGCUAAAAAGAGUUUUGCUUGGUUGCAUCACAGCCUCCUCUUAAGGCAAUGUAACUUAUUUCAUCUCAGAAAGCAAGACUUGUCCAGCUGAAAAUGAUUCAUGCAAUGUUUUACUCUCAGGGUUAUGAAAAAUAAGUAAAACAACUUCUGUGUAGAAGUAACGAGAUAAUCGUAAUGAGAUGCAAUGUUCUUAUUCAUGGCCUUUUCUAAAUUAUCAGUCAUUUAUGCAAAGCCAACAUCACCAUAAAUAUUGUAACAUUGCAGAAAUUUAUCUAAUAAUGUAUGCAUUUGUAAAAUUUUUACGAACACUUGUAAACUGCCAACGAACACUAUAGCAUGUCGCUGCGAAGCAGACCGUAACAUUUUAAUGCCCUUUUCAUUGAAACACUUUUCUGUCGUAUCUUAAUUUGUUCAGAUAAAUUACACUUUGUUUGAAACCAGCAUUCUUAAGAUAUUAUUAAAGUUUUAUUGUUUGUUUGAAUACUGGACUUUAGUGUAAUGGUGCGAGUCCAGUUUUUCCUUAAAGGAGCAUUUCACCCUAGGAAACAUUAAUCUUUAUUGAAAGUGCGUCAUAUUUGUUGUCGAAAUGUAACACAUUUAGAAUUUGGUGCCUGUUUGACAGAGAAAAGGGGUUUUUGUAGUCUCGCACCCUCAACAAAGAUAUUGGACUUCCUUCUUUCAAUGAUGCAAAAUGAUGAUUUUUACAUCAUUGAAAGAAGGAAGUGCAACACUGAAAUCUGUAUUUCUCCUGUCUCAGCGGCAACUGAGGAAAUGAUGCACGACCAUUAAAAAACAUGACUGGGGUUCUAACUAUACAAAGCUUAAUGCAAAUGGGUGAAGUGUCCCUUUAAAGAGAAGAACAUUUUUCCUAUUCAUUGGUGCUAGAUGUUAAAUUUAACUAUUAAAGAGGGCCAUAUUUGAUCAGUGCGUAUAUUAUAUAUAUAGAUAUAUAUACAUAUAUCAGGGCCUUUAAUAAUUUUAUGCAACACAUCUUGAUAAUCUACCUACAUUUUAAUUCCCAAACUUUCAGUUUUUGUAUAUUAUAGAUAAAGCUGUGAAUGGGGAGGGAGGGGCUUUGCCAUCUCACCACAAAUGAUGUGACAAUGCACCUCAUGAAUGGUGAUAAUGUGGUGUAACGAUUGAUGAGUCAGGCUGAAUUUCAAACAACCGUUUACAUCAAUGUGCUCAUAGCUUUUCUUUUGUUUGUGUAAUGCAGCUCCUUUAUAUGUCAUCAGAGUUCAAUUUACAUGGUACAACCUAAGGGCUGACGGUCAACUUUUUUGGGUCAAAUCGAAAGUGGAUUUUUAAGAUUACCAGCUUGGCUUAGAGGAGUUGGCUGUGAUGUUAAAUAUUGUAUUAGCCCCGUCCGACACACCUUAAAGGACCGCUGCAUGAAAUUCCAUACCUUUCCGGUCACACUUACUCUUUCCUUGUUUAAUAUUAACCUUCAUUUGUGCUUUAUCUUCUUCCGUAGUAUUGUUUUGUAGUUGCUUGAAUUUUUCAUUUUCAGUUUUUCAUCCCAUUUAGUAACCGAAGAGUAGUUUAUGGUCUUGGUUGUGUUUUUUUUUCUUUUUCAUUUGUUUUGGGUUAUGGCGGUAUGUAAGACUGACGAGUUGUGCAUAACCAAUAUACUGUAUAUGUACUUGAUUGCUUUUUUUGAUCGGUUUAUUUUGUCCCCCUUUCCUUGGUUAGCCAGAGGUCAUUAAAAUCAAUUCAACAUAAUAGAAAAUAAACUUAAUCUGUUUUA